AUGGAAGAGAAGUAUCAAAAGGUUUUGCCUAUGAAUUUCAAGAAACUCUUAUCGAUUCAAUUGAAGAAGUACGUCAAACCUGAGAGGCUGGUAAAGGUGAAGAACUCGUUCAAGAUUUCGUCCAUUGAAAAACUGAAACUCACCAUUAGUGAAGACCUUAAGAAUAGCAAGAAAGAGCUUUCGCCACUGCCGAAUCAAAAGUUUGCUGAGAAAGUCUCGCGCAAGGGGGUGAAGACCAAGAGGUUGAGUCAGGUUAAGACUCCGGAAGGCCUUAAGAAGCCAACGGCAACGAUUAGGAAGACGAAGGUGUUGACUCAUUUCAACACCCCUGAAGGGUUGAAGAAGAAGAUGACUAAAAUGUAA